UGUGCCAAGUUGUCUUUGCCAUUGCGACAAAAUUGUGAACGAGAAGUUUCACGCGAUUUGUGAUUUGGUUUUUUUUGUAGAAAACUGCAUUUUUAGGGAUACAGCGGACGGAAGGGCGCAUUCGUUAUGUCCAAGAACGAAAAUAAGGAAACGACGAUACGACAGCUCUACACGGAGCUGAACAAGCAGGGUUCGAAUGGCGAGUACGAAAAAGCCUUGAAGUCAGCCAACAAAAUUCUGGCAUUGGACUCGAACGAACAAAAAGCAUUGCAAUGUAAGCUCGUCUCUUUGAUUCAGCUGUCAAAGUUUGAAGAGGUGACCAAAUUCCUCGAUCGCACCCUGCCCUCCUAUGAUUGUACCUUCGAGAGGGCGUAUUGCGAAUACCGUCUCAAUAAACCGGAAGUCGCGUACCAGACUAUUCAGGAUUGUGGCAUUAAGCCAUUGCCGGCCAAUUUGAAAGAAUUGCAGGCACAGAUCCUUUAUCGCAUGGAAAAGUAUGAGGAAUGUUUCGAUUUGUACAAAGACAUUAUCAAGAAUACACAUGAUGAUUAUGACGAUGAAAGAACGACGAAUUUGAGCGCUGUCACCGCAAAUUUAUGCGUUGAGGGUUCCAAGAAGGAGACACCCAAUCUGCGCGAAGAUACGUAUGAGCUAACUUACAAUGCUGCUUGUGCGUUGGCUGGCAGACAACAAUUUCCGGAAGCUGAGAAGAAACUGCGGGCUAGCGAGAAACUCUGUCGUGAAUUCCUGGAAGAAGACGGAGCGACUGAAGAGGACAUCAUGGAUGAGGUAGCGAUCAUAAAAGUGCAGCUAGCGUACUGUCUACAGAUGCAGGGCAAGUCAAAGGAAGCGUCCGCUAUUUACACCGAUGCAUUGAAGCACAAGACGAAUGACCAAGCGUUGACCGCUGUUGCUAGCAAUAACCUGGUGGUGAUCAAUAAAGACCAGAAUGUGUUCGAUUCGAAGAAGAAAAUGAAAACGGCCACUUCCGAGCAAGCGGAACAUAAAUUGACUUCGAAGCAGAAAAAGCUAAUUGCAUUCAAUAACUGUCUGUUGGCGUUCUUCACCAAUCAAUCCGAUUGUCAUUUGCUAGCAAGUCGUUUGGGUAAUUCAUACCCGGACUUAGAAUUUCAGUCCGCGCUGAUUCGCGUUAGUCAGUUGGCAAAGGAUAAGAAGUACAAAGACGCUACCGAUUUACUCGAAACGUUUAUGAAGAAACAACCGAAUCAGGAAUUGGAAAUAAAAUUUGCCAUUGUUCAAUUACUCCUGCUGGCAGGCAACCGGAAAGCUGCAGUAGAAAUCUUGGAAAGCCUUGGCGAAGCCAAAUAUCGCCCUGGGGUGGUGUCUGCUCUAGUUACCCUAUACAUUGGACUGGACAACAAAACCGCCGCCUCUGAUAUCCUCAAGAAUGCCGUUGAGUGGUAUAAAAAGAACAAAUCAACGGCAGGUGGCGAUCUGACGGACAUGUGGCGUCAGGCUGCCAGCUUCCAUCUGAGGGGAGGACAAUCGGAGAUCGCUGCAAAGAGCUUGGAAGAAUUGCUCAAGACAAAUCCUAAUGAUAUGAAAAUUCUUGCCCAGCUUGUCAUCGCAUACGCCCAGUUCAAUCCCAAGAAAGCUCAGGAAGCCAGCAAGAAGCUUCCUGCACUGGAAACACUCACAACUGCGUCCGAGAUCGAUGCGCUGGAAGCUACUAACUGGAUGAUGAUAGCAAAGGCCGUUAAGAAGAAAAUUCCAACUUCUGGAAAGACCGAUCAAUCACCCGGAACACCCAGCAGCGAGACUGCCAAACAGAAGAAGAAAGCCGAACGCAAACGCAAGGGCAAACUGCCAAAGAACUACGAUCCGAAUGCUGUACCGGAUCCGGAACGAUGGUUGCCACGAUAUGAACGUACUGGCUAUCGCAAGAAGCGCGAUCGUCGCGUGAAGGAGGUAAUGAAAGGCAGUCAGGGAACUGCCUCUGGGCAGGCGGAUCAGUAUGAUAUGAGUAAAGCUUACAACCAGACGAAAAAUUCUCCUGCCACACCAGCGACCCAUGAGAUGGCUCCGACUGGACCGGCCCCAAGGCAACUACCGAGAAAGAGUCAGCAUAAAAAGAAGAAGGGAAAGCAUUGAACCAUUUUGCAUGAAGUGUGUGCUGUACCUAUUGUGUACACAAGUGUACACAAUUUAAUAAAGUGAGCAAACCAUAUUGAA